AUGGGUCCAAAUGAAAACCCUCAAUAUGAUGGGAUUGUUCAGCUAUUGCAGCAUUUUGGAUGGAAUUGGAUUGGCCUUCUCAUCUCAGAUGAUGACAGUGGAGAAACAUUUCAUCAAACUUUGAGACUAAAACUCUCCCAGAGUGGCAUUUGUGUUGCUGUAACAAAAUCAAUUCCAGUAGUGACCAGUCACAUACCUGAAAACCGUGCUAAAUACUAUGUAAGGAUAAUGUUUACACUCCAGUUGGAUAAAAUCAAUGUGAUAAUUGUUUAUGGGGAUGCUCACUCUUUGGCUGGUUUACAAAUAGUUUUAAACUUCAGUGAAUUUGUUGAUCGGCAUCCAAUGGAGAAGGUUUGGCUCAUAACCUCUCAGUGGGAUUUCACAGCUAUUUUCAUUUGGAGUAAAUUUCCAGCAAAAUCCCUCAAUGGUACUUUGUCCUUUGCACUCCACAAAAAUGUGGUUCCAGGAUUUCAGGAUUUUCUUGAGAGCAUAAAUCCGUAUCAGUCUUCAAUUUCUUUUAUUGAGCUAUUCUGGUGCACUAUAUUUGUUUGUUCACUCCCAAAGUAUGAAGUAAACAUGCCAUAUUGCACUGGGCAGGAGCAGUUGGGGGGUCUCCCUCGAACAUUGUUUGAAAUGGAAAUGUCUGGACAGAGCUACAGUAUCUACAAUGCGGUCCAUGUGAUAGCACAUGCUCUCCAUGCCAUGUAUUCAUCAAAGUCUAGGCAUAAAGCCAUAGGGGAUGUUCUGAAUGUUCAGCCAUGGCAGCUUCGCCCAUUUCUGAGAAAUGUCCAUUUUAACAACAGUGCUGGAGAAGAAAUAUUUUUUGAUGAGAAUGGGGAUGUAGCAGCUGGAUAUGAUAUCAUCAACUGGGUCAUGUUCCCUAAUAGAUCCUUCUACAGAGUCCAUGUUGGAAGAAUGGACACCCAGGAUCCUGCAGGCAAAAAGUUCACCAUUAAUGAAAGAAAAAUUGUGUGGAAUAACAAGUUUAAUCAGAUACCUCCUCGUGUCAAGUGUGUUGAGAGCUGCCAGCCUGGAUACAGCAGAAUCGUUCUGCAGGGGGAACAAGUUUGUUGCUAUGAUUGUGCUCAGUGUCCUGAAGGAAGGAUUUCAGACCAUAUUGAUGUCAACCAAUGUGAUAAGUGCCCAGAAGAUCAGUUUCCAAAUGAAAAAAAGGAUCAGUGUAUCCCCAAAACUGUCACCUAUUUAUCCUACAACAAACCUUUGGGUACAGUUUUGGCUUUCUUUGCCUUUUUCUUUUCCAUUAUCACAGUUUUGGUGAUGGGGAGCUUCAUUCAACAUCACAACACUCCCAUUGUCAAAGCCAACAAUUGGGGCAUCACAUGUGUGCUGCUCUCUUCUCUGCUUCUCUCUUUUCUGUGUUCCUUCCUAUUCAUUGGCCAACCUCAGAAAAUGACCUGUCUUCUCCGACAAACAGUUUUUGGAAUCAUCUUUUCUAUUGCAGUUUCUUGUGUGUUGGGCAAGACCAUCACUGUAGUUCUAGCAUUCAUGGCCACCAAGCCAGGAAACAAGAUAAGGAAAUGGAUUGGGAAGAGACUGGCAGUAUCAGUCAUCAUUCUCUGUUCUCUUAUUCAAACUGGCAUCUGUGUUGUGUGGCUGACAACCUCUCCUCCUUUCCCAGAGUUUGACAUGCAUUCCCAGACUGGUCAGAUCAUAGUGCAAUGUAAUGAAGGCUCAGACAUGAUGUUCUACAUUGUCCUGGGCUACAUGGGUCUUCUGGCCAUCACCAGCUUCACUGUAGCCUACUUUGCCAGGAAGUUGCCUGAUACUUUUAAUGAAGCCAAACUGAUCACAUUCAGCAUGUUGGUUUUCUGCAGUGUUUGGGCAUCCUUUGUUCCAUCCUACCUGAGCACCAAAGGGAAAUACAUGGUGGCUGUGGAGAUCUUCUCUAUCUUAGUCUCUAGUUCUGGUUUAUUAGGUUGUAUAUUCCUCCCCAAAUGCUAUAUUAUUUUAAUGAGACCCGAUCUGAACACCAGAGAGCAGUUAGUAAGGAAAAAAAGAGAGUAA